GGCUACUGUAUCCAUACCGUCGAGAACGAGGAGCACCGAAGGCACGGUAUCCUUUCUCAGCAUCUGCUUUCGCAAACAAUCUACUUUUCAUUUUCAGAUUAUUCUCAGUCACUCCUUUCCUUGAACACCCGACCCCUUCUGCGUGGAUUCGCCCGUCUACCCCCUCCCACCAAAACUUUCCCGAAGCGAAUCCCGCCCUCGUAGAAGAGCUGAGCACGAGACAUUCGAUCGAGUCCCUCGCGAUCCUCCAACCUCCGAAGCCUCUUCUACAACCACGGUCCCGUGAGCCAUCGACGACAGUUUGAUGGCCUCCCAAGGAGGCCUCACGCGGAGGCGAGGCGCAGGAGGAGUCACCUCGCCGAACGGAGACGAAGAGUCGUCGAGCCGCGUGGCGUCUCCCGGUCCCAAAAACUACUCAGAUCGCACUCCUGAGACGGCAUACGAAAACAGCGAGAAUGGCCACAGAAUCGCAUACGAUCCCAGGGACAUCUCCGAGACUGCUGAACGCAGUAAACAACCCAAGUUGACACUAAUGGAGGAGAUCUUAUUGUUAGGUCUAAAAGAUAAGCAGGGCUACCUCUCAUUCUGGAAUGACAACAUAUCGUAUGCUUUGCGAGGGUGCAUAGUCAUCGAAUUGGCCUUCAGGGGUCGUGUCAGCAUGCAGAAUGAUUCGGCCCGGAGACGCUUCCCUCUGGCCGAUAGAAUAAUCGAAGUCAUCGACGAUACACUUACUGGGGAAGUUCUACUCGACGAGGCCUUGAAGAUGAUGAAGUCGAGUGAGAAGAUGAGCGUCAGCUCUUGGAUCGACCUUAUGAGCGGUGAAACUUGGAACCUCAUGAAGAUUGGCUACCAACUGAAACAAGUGCGAGAACGAUUGGCCAAGGGUCUGGUAGACAAGGGUAUCUUGCGCACGGAGAAGCGAAACUUUCUUUUAUUCGAUAUGGCUACGCAUCCUGUGGUCGACUCUGGCGCCAAAGACGAAAUUCGAAAACGCGUCCGAAGCGUCUGCUCAAGUCGCACUGUCGUCCUACCUCCGUCACAAUUCCUCCCCGCAGAGCUGGACUUUAGAAUGCUCCGAACAAUCAGUAUGGUCUGCGCAGCCUAUGCGGCCAACGUUCUCGAGAAUGCUCUGGUGACCAUGGGUCACGAAGCGAGAGAAAGAGCGUUUGCACAAGUUGACGAACUCUUGGCUGAAUACAGCCAGUGGCCGUUUGCCAAACGAGCCGGUGGUAGCCAGGGGAUCGGAGCCAAUAUAGGCCAGGUGAUCGGGGACGAAGUGGAGAAGAACAAGGACAAAGAGUUGCAACUCGAGGUGGUUGCCGCAUGUUUGAGCGUUUUUACAAGGCUGGACUCCUUGCUAUAGUAUAUGGGUCUCCGGCUAGGGACAAAUUGAUGAAGCUGGACCGAAUGAGACAAAGAGAAUCACCAGACGUCUUGAUGGACGAAAAUGCCAGGAUCCGCGAGAGAGGUGGGACAUGGAGAGGGAAACGUGGCAGCAAAACAAAUCGCCGCCGCCGCCAAAGCAGCAGCAAGUGCAGAUCUGACAUAUUUUUUUCUCUUUCUCAAGAAGCGUUUAGGGCAAAAAGGGAGAAAGAAGGGGUUUAAUGUCCAAAGCCAUCAUCUCAAAAAUCCUUUUUCAGUUUUCAGUUUCCAAAAGAGCAGGAAAACUUUUACCCUUGAUCAGGAACCGACGCAGUCUCGUACUGAUUGAUUCUCAUGGGACAAUUGAUUCGUUCCCUAAUAGCCGGGACUUUUGUUGGGGAGAAGACUGAUCAGGCACAAGCGUACAAAUGCUUUGGGGUGAACAACGGCGGGCCGCGAACGUGUACUGUCUGUACCUACUCAAGUACCAGGUAGAUAGAUACCUACCUCAGGUUAUUAUGCACUGAGAGAGAGGGAGAGAGUAUACGGAUAUGACUUCCUACAAACAACCAAAA